AAACCAACUUUCUCUUACCAUCUUAUUACCUAUCCUUCUCAUUUUUUCAACCAAUAACAACAAUGGCGAACCACCUUCAACAUUCCUUAACUACUAGUCCUAAACCGGAUUUAAUCAAAGAAGAACAACGUUUUGAUGAAGAUACGGUGAGCUUGCAAGCGGAGAGGAUCUUGCAUGCCAUGGCCUUCCCCAUGGUUCUCAAAGCCGCUUUGGAGCUUGGCGUUAUCGACAUGAUCACUUCUGUAGAUGACGGCGUGUGGCUCUCGCCUUCUGAGAUAGCUUUUGGUCUCCCAACCAAGCCCACCAAUCCGGAUGCACCGGUAUUACUGGACCGGAUGCUGGUUUUACUAGCCAGCCACUCAAUCUUGAAGUACCGUACGGUAGAAACCGGAGAGAACAUUGGAAGUAGAAAGGCUGAGAGGGUCUAUGCAUCUGAACCGGUUUGCAAGUUUUUCUUGAACCGCGGAGAUGGCUCGGGGUCCCUCGCCACUUUGUUCAUGGUAUUCCAAAGCGAAGGCUGUAUGAAGACUUGGGCACAUCUCAAAGAUGUGAUAUUAGAAGGAAAGGAUGCAUUCAGCUCUGCUCAUGGCAUGAGGAUUUUCGAAUACAUUGGUUCGAACGAACAACUCGCUGAGAUGUUUAACCGGGCAAUGUCGGAAGCUUCCACAUUGAUUAUGAAGAAGGUUUUAAAAGUUUACAAAGGGUUCGAAGAUGUAAAUACUUUGGUGGAUGUGGGAGGAGGAAUUGGAACCGUCAUAGGUCUAGUGACUUCCAAGUAUCCUCAUAUUAAAGGCAUCAAUUUCGAUCUAGCAUCGAUUUUAGUCCAUGCUCCUCUUUAUAAAGGAGUGGAGCAUGUUUCGGGAGAUAUGUUUAAAGAAAUUCCAAAGGGAGAUGCCAUCUUCAUGAAGUGGAUUCUACAUGAUUGGACUGACGAAGAUUGUGUAAAGAUUUUAAAAAAUUGUUGGAAAAGUCUAUCCGAGAAAGGAAAAGUGAUAAUAGUCGAGAUGGUUACGCCGGAGGAACCAAAGAUCAACGACGUUUCUUCUAACGUUGUGUUAGCCAUGGACAUGUUGAUGUUAACACAAUGCUCAGGUGGUAAGGAGAGGACUCUUUCACAAUUUGAGAUUCUAGCCUCUGAUUCGGGUUUUCUUCGUUGCGAAAUCAUUUGUCAUGCCUUCUCAUAUAGUGUUAUCGAAUUACACAAAUAGGUUCAACAUUUUACCAACAAAAACUCUGAUUCAUCUGUAAUAACAAUAGGUUCCUCUC